UCAACUAUGUCCUCGAAACGGAAUCGGACCUCUUCGUCGGAAUCCUCGACAUCGGCGUCGACUUCUCCCAACGCCAAAGCUCAGCGUACUAAUACGGAGAAUUCCAAACAUCCAUUGCUAUGCACUUUACCCCCUACCUGCCAUCAACAUCAUACCCACAUCUCCAGCUCAAAGGAUCUCGAGGCUCACUAUGCGACAUAUCAUGCCCAUGUGUGCGAGACCUGCAGUUGUGUCUUUCCAGAAGCUCGUAUUUUGGAACUCCAUCAAACGGAAUGUCAUGACCCUCUCGCUGCAGUCCGAAGAGAACGUGGAGAGAAAAUCUUUGCUUGCCAUCUUGUAUCGUGUGACCGACUUUUUCAGACACCCAAAGGACGACGUCUCCAUUUGAUUCAAGUGCAUGGAUACCCAAAAGAAUAUUUCUUCGCGGUCACCAACAAGGGUGUUGGGGGGUUGCUAAAGCGUUGGGGUGAAGGUGCAAGUUUGAUCCGGGGUAAAUGGAAACCCAGAGAGGCGCCUACCACACCCUCAUCUGUGCUCAUCGAAGAAGACGAAUCCGAAAACGACCAGGAAACAGCGCCAGACAUUGGCAUCGAUUCGCUCACAAGCUCAUUAAAUGCGCUGUCUCUCGUUCCUUCGGCCAUCCGAUUCGGUCGCGGAGGUAAGAGUGGUGGUUUUGGACGCACUCGCUCCCCUGGGCCAGCAAAUAAUCGCCAACAGAGGAUGGACGUUGAUGCAGGGCGAGACGAAGAGACUAACGUGCUUACUUACGUCCCUCGCGGCGUACGGGUCGUAGCGCAAGUCAGAAAUAAAUAA